AAAGCUCAUAGAAUUAUAUUAUAUAUAGUUAUACACCAAUAAAAUUUUAUAUUAUGAUUUUGCUUUUUGUCCCACUCACAGCCGAUGAAAGAGCUUUUUCCCAUAUACCGAUAAGGCACAAAGUCUAGUCAAGAGGAAAGAAGGGAGACCUCAAAGUCAAAAAGUUUUUAUGAUUAACUUCUUAAUGAAGUAGUUCAAUCAGGCUAGGGAUCUUCAAUGCUAAGUUACUUGGAAAGCCAUGCUACUUCCUCCAUUUUGUACCUUGUAGAGAGACAGUGACCAAAUAACUAAGCAAGAGUCUUUGGUAUUAUGGCACAAAUCAUACCAACAUCUGAUCUUGAUUUUGUGGAUGAUUUUUACUACUCAGCACUCUUUGAUGUAGAUGAAGACGAAAUCUUUCCUCCAUCUGAUGCCAAGUAUGCUGAAGAGUUGCAGUUUCAAGAGGCUCUCAUGUCAUCCACGAUCUAUUCACAAGUGGGUAACAGCAUCUCCGACGCAUGCAUCACCCAUGCUUCAUCCCCAAUAUUAAUCCAAGCCAUGCCUCAGUCAGAGUUAGUGGCGAUAGGAACAACGGACGCUGGUGAAUCCUCCUUGAGCUUCUGUGAGAUUUGUGUUGAAAGGAAGGAAAGCGAUCAGAUGUUCACAACAGAAAGCUGCGUUCACUCUUACUGUUCUGAGUGCAUAACCAAGCAUGUUUUGGCUAGGAUUGAAGAAAGGAUAACGAUUAUUACGUGCCCAGGAGUGAAUUGCAGGGCUGUGUUGGAACUCGAUACUUGCAGGCCUGUGCUUCCAGAGGGGCUAGUCCAUCGCUGGGAAGAUGCUCUCUGUCAAGAGUUUAUUAAUGCAUUCCAGAGAUUUUACUGUCCUUUCAGGGAUUGUUCAGCCCCAUUGUUGAAUGAUGAUGGAGGAGAAGUUAUUAGAGAAUCUGAGUGCCCAUUCUGCCAUAGAUUGUUCUGUGCUCAGUGUCAUGUGCCCUGGCAUACAGGGAUUGAUUGUGAAGAUUUCCAGAGGCUUAAUGAGGACGAAAGAGGGAAAGAAGAUCUCAUGGUGAGGGAACUUGCCAGGGAGAAUAAAUGGUCUAGGUGCCCCAAGUGCAAAUACUAUGUGGAAAGGACAGAAGGCUGUCCACAUAUGACUUGCAGGUGUAAUUUCCAGUUUUGUUAUGGUUGCGAGGAAGAGUGGAAUAACAAUCAUGGUGGCUGCCAGAGGAAUUGAGAGUACAACUAAACUAGACUACACCACAGUAAACAUUAUACCUCUAAGUUGUUUUUAGUCUCUGAAAGAAAUUGUUUGCAUCAAAUGUGAAGAAGUCUAAUUUGGUUUAAUGUUCUAGUUCGUCAAGAACAAGAAGAACAAAUGUACUGAGGUAUGAACUAUUUGCUCAACUUGCUACUGAGAAUCGCUUGGCACUAUUCUAAAAGUUUGUGACAGAUGUUUGUCCAUUGGAGCUUGUUCUUGAUCAAUCAAGUUACCAGUUCAUUUUAUAGUAGUCUUUUUGUUGCAUGCUUAAAUACGCAUUAAAACAGAAGUAUAAAACCAUAAGAACUGCAUGGGAGAAGCUAUCAAAGAAGGCAUCAGAUAGAGUGCUGAACUCUUAGUUUUAAUAAUCAGGAUUCAAGUGCUGAUAACCUCUCUUGGGAAACAUAUUAUCAUUUUCAGUAUUUCACUAAAGCAAGUGAAAGAAUAAUCUGCUAAUUUACCUUCCACAACAAUGCUUAAUAGAAAAGGAUUUUAAACUUUCUUGUGCCAUGCAUGAGUCAUUGAAUUUUCAUUUAAGUGUUUGAUUAACUUUUUCUGGAAGAAAAUAUGCUAUAUAGCUUUGGCAAACAUGCUUUUGAUCUCCUGCAUUGUGUAGGUAACAAGGCAAAGAUCAGCUAACUAGACAAAUUUCCGUAAACAAAAGGUGUGCUUUUGGGCUCCGAAAUUGCCCAAAAGCACUUACCUUACUGAUAAUCAUAGGCCUUUGGUCCACUAGAAGAUAAUUUUAGGCACUUUCCUCAGUGACUGCAUCCAAACUGUGGCUAUUGUUCGUUUUCAUUUAAAAAUUUCAUAAUUUUAUUUCGAAAAAAAUUUUAUAAA